AGGGUCCCAGAUUCUUCCACCCAUGACUCAACUAGUUAUCUCAUGUCCACAUCCAACCAUGUGAACCAUCAGUUUAGAGCGAUGGCAUAUCCAACACAGCCGUGAUGACCCUCAUGAUAAAGCAUGCAACCUUCCAACACCUCACAUGGCCUAGCUGCAACCAUACUCGAUCACUCCAUCAUCACCCUCCACUUUGCUUCUCUACUUUGUAUAAAUACCAUGAGGCUUGAGAGAGGAGUCUCCUAUAUACCAGCAAAUUAAGUAGGAGCUUAAUUGGUGAUCAUCUAUGGAGAAAAGCAAGUCUUUCCCUGAAUACACCUCAUCUUACUCCGGCGAGUUCGGGUUCCGGGAGCGGUCCAACUCGUACAACUUCAACGGGCCAAACCAGAAGGGAAAUGGGUUCGCAACGGCCGGCGAUCCGGAGCUCCAGAGGAAGAAGAGAGUUGCUUCCUACAACGUGUUUACCAUGGAAGGUAAGCUCAAAACGAGUCUCAAAAACAGCUUCAAGUGGAUCAAGAACAGGUUCACCGAUGUUCGUUACGAUGUAUGAAAUAUAUCAUAAAUCAGAUAUAAAUAUGCCUCUAGUUUACAAGUUUAGGUAAGACUCAAGAGAGUUGUAUCCCAUGAUUUUGAUAUCGAAACCUUUGUUGUACUCACGUCUGGAUCCUAGCCUCUUGAUUGUAUCCAGUUUGUGUUUGAUGGUUUUGUACGUUUUAAUCGAUCGAAUCGAAAGACACCAUAGAAGAGAUGAUCGAGGAUGCAUGCAUGAUGUCCAUAGUUAUGGAGUGUAUACUAAUGUCCUCUACA